CUCCUCUUUCUUCUUCUUCUUCUUCUUCUUCUCUCGUCUUUACUCCUCAAUAACAACUCAUUCAUUCACCCUUUCCCCCCUCCCAAGCUAGCUGAGCUACCCCGCCACUGUCACUCUCCCCCUUCUCCCACCAUCAUGUCUGUCCAGACCGUUUCUAUUCAACCUUUUGGUGACCAGAAGCCUGGAACCUCUGGCCUCCGCAAGAAGGUGAAGGUCUUCCAACAACAAAACUACACCGAGUCCUUCGUCGCUAGUAUCAUCCUCUCCAUCCCUGAAGGAGCUCAGGACGCCUUUCUCGUCAUCGGUGGCGAUGGCCGUUACUACAACACCGACGUCAUCCAGAAGAUCGCUAAGAUCAGUGCUGCCUAUGGAGUGAAGAAGCUCCUGGUCGGUCAGAAUGGCAUUCUCAGCACCCCUGCUGCGAGCAAUCUCAUUCGCGUGAGGAAGGCCACUGGUGGUAUUCUCUUGACGGCCAGCCACAACCCUGGCGGUCCCAAUGCCGACUUCGGGAUCAAGUACAACCUGACCAACGGUGCACCCGCCCCGGAAACCGUCACGAACAAGAUCUUCGAAGUCUCCAAGUCCCUUACCUCCUAUAACUAUAUUGAUCUUCCCGAGGUCGACAUCACCACCGUGGGGGUCCGUACCUAUGGUCCCCUCGAGGUCGAGGUCGUUCACUCGACCGCUGACUACGUGACCAUGAUGAAGGAGAUCUUUGACUUCGAUCUGAUUCGAAGCUUCCUGCGCCAGCACCCCGACUUCAAGGUGCUUUUCGAUGGCAUGCAUGGUGUUACCGGCCCCUACGGUAUUGAUAUCUUCGUCAACGAGCUGGGUCUCCCCGCCACCAGCACCAUGAACUGCGUGCCCAAGGAGGACUUCGGCGGUGGCCACCCUGACCCUAACCUGGUCUACGCCCAUGAGUUGGUCGAGGCUGUCGACAAGAACGGCAUCCACUUUGGCGCUGCCAGUGAUGGUGAUGGUGACCGUAACAUGAUCUACGGUGCCAACACCUUCGUCUCCCCCGGAGACAGUCUGGCUAUCAUUGCCCACCACGCCAAGCUCAUCCCUUGGUUCCAGAAGCAGGGUGUCUACGGACUGGCCCGCUCCAUGCCCACAUCCGGUGCUGUAGAUCUCGUCGCUAAGGCCCAGGGUCUGCAGAGCUACGAGGUGCCAACCGGUUGGAAGUUCUUCUGCAACCUGUUCGACAACGAGAAGAUGUCCAUCUGCGGCGAGGAAAGUUUCGGAACCGGUAGCAACCACAUCCGUGAGAAGGAUGGCGUGUGGGCCAUUGUCGCAUGGCUGAACAUCAUCGCUGGUGUCGCUGCGCAGAAGCCCAAUGAGACCCCCAGCAUUGCCUCCAUCCAGCAGGAGUUCUGGCAAACUUAUGGCCGUACUUUCUUCACGCGGUACGACUACGAGAACGUUGACAGUGAGGGAGCCAACAAGUUGAUUGCCAACCUGACUGAGAAGAUUAACAACAAGGAUACCUUCGUGGGCAGCACCGUCUCCGGCCGCAAGGUUGUGGAUGCUGGAAACUUUUCUUACACUGAUUUGGACGGCAGCGUGACCAAGAACCAGGGUCUGUAUGCCAAGUUCGAUGAUGGGAGCCGACUGGUCGUGCGUCUGUCAGGCACAGGUAGCAGCGGCGCUACUAUCCGUCUGUACAUCGAGAAGUACGACAACGAUGCCAGCAAGUACCUCCUGCCUACGCAGGAGUAUCUCCAGGACAACAUCGCGCUAGCAAUGUCCCUGCUCAAGUUCCAGGAGUACAUCGGCCGUGAGGAGCCCGAUGUCAGGACUUAGAUGCCUA